CUAUCAUGACGUACGCCUCACCAGCCUGGAGUACUGUGACUAAAACUGACUUAAACAAGCUUCAGGUUAUGCAAAAUCGUUCUCUAAGACUGAUAACCAGUGCCCAUUACUUUGUGCGGAACGAAGUACUCCACAGGGACUUAAAAAUCGAGCCACUAGAUACUUUCUUACGCAAAACAAAUGACAAGUUCUUCAGGAAAGCUAAAGACUGUGAACAUCUGAAUUUAUUUAACCUAUUUCAUUACGAAAUCUUAGACGAAGACAGGCAUCUCCGUCCUUUUGCUGCUUUUAUCCUGAAUAGCAAUCAGAACUUUCCUACGUAGUUGCUAUCUAUUUCAUUUAGCGACUAUUGAAACUCCAAGUCCAAAACGAAGCAGCAUUCAUCAGAGCCAGCACUUGGGAUGGUGGCGUCCCACGUGACCUGUGCACACCGCUAUUCAGAUGUAUUUUUCAUGCAAUCAAGCCUUCCUGAUACUAUGUACAUAUGUAUAUAAUCUAUAUUUAACCUAGCAUAUUGUUUUUCAACUAUUUAUUCUGCACUUUAUUUUAUAUUUUUCUUGUAUUCUAUAUAUGUUACUUUUGACGAAUACUUCAACACCAAUCAGAUGUCAUCUCAGAGCUCACGUAACUUUGGUCACACCCCUUUCUACAUCUCAGCUUCCUGCACCGCCCAGCUCAAGUAUUUUCCCACCUGCAGCGCUCUUAGUAGCAUCUAAAUCAAGACAGCCGGAACACAGCACGUAAUUACUGCGUGCUAAUCGCGGUUUAAAGAGGAACUUGGAACUUUCAUAUGAUUUCUGUUCGUACUGUAUGCUUCGCUCUUGCUUCCGCCCUUCCUGUUUGAAUCAAGACGUCUUAUUCGAAAUGAAUUUGGAACAACAGUUUGAGAACGAGCCUCUCAACGUGGAUGUACUGAAGAUUUCAGAUUCUGAACAAUACCAUGAAAAGCCCAAAGAAACACCCAUCUCUCAGAACGCUAAUGGCAAACGAAAAAUAGACGAAGAUAAUACAUCUAAGAAGAAAAGCAAUGGACGGUUUACUGAAGACACAAUCCCAGAGGAGCUGACACACAUUGGUAACAAUGUCUUUGUGGGGCCUACCGUUUUCAACGGAAAGAUCACCGUGCACAUCGGGCAAUACAGCAAGUACGGGAGUGCAUACUAUCCAACUCGUAACGGUGUGAAUUGAACUAAAUAGAAUGUUCUAGAAGUUCUAACACGUAUCUGCAUGCUGCAAUCAGGUUGCGGAUUUAGUAUGACAUCAGAGCAGCGGGAAGUUCUACGUCAAUCGAUAAACAUGUACAUGAAACCGGAUUACAACACAAACAUACUUGCGACUGACGUCUGUGAUAACGUCAUGAACAGGAUGCGACGCGUCCGUAAUUGGUGACGUAGCAACCAGCUGGUGGCCCUCUGCAAAUUCCCCCCGUGCGCCACACAGUCACAGCGCCAUAUGGCUCCAAAGUAACAUUUUCUACCUACUGAGAUCCAUGAAGUUGAUGAGUAUUGGAUAAAACAAGUGCAGAGAGAGAGAGAGUUAUUCUUCGGAGAUUCAAUAACUAGAGGGGAAUAAUUCGAUAGCACCUGAUUUGAAAUUUUACAGUUUAGCACCAUAUCUGGACAGUAGAGUAUACCAGUUGUAUUUUGCGUAUCAGUUGUUUGGAACAAGCAGAAUUAACAGAUGAUAUAUUUUUCUAUUUUGUUCAGUCUUUUCUCAAUUUUUCUCAAUGUUCAGUAAUGCUUAAUAAGAUAAUUUGCAGAACAUUUUUUUUGUUGCCUUUUUACUAUUAAUGUUUUCUGUGUGAACUUUAUUAAACAUCACGGCCUUCCCAUUUGCGCUACAUAAAAUUCCAUUUGCAGAAAAAUCACAAAAUAUUUAAAAACAGUAUAUCUUUGGAAUUCCCAAUAGAGUAUUAGGAACUUUACAUUCGCUAUAUUAUUUAACCCACAUAUCUUUAUAUUCGGUGUAUUAUUUCUUAAAAAACUUGCCGCUUGGGCGGACA